AGGCUGAUAGUGAAGGGGAGAUUGUUGUUUUGCUGAAGGUUUUGGUUGGUUUGGAGCUGCCGCGUCGUGAGAAACACUAAUUUAACACUUACAAGUUAAAGUAGAGCUUAAAGAAAGAUAUUUUCGCUCUUUUAAUUAACCCUGAGUCGUUUUCGUAACCCGCAGCAUCGAGCGAAAAGAGCCCGGAAACAUGAAAUGGAUGUUCAAAGAGGAUCACUCCUUGGAACAUCGAUGCGUAGAAUCAGCCAAAAUCCGCAACAAGUACCCUGACAGGGUCCCGGUGAUUGUGGAGAAGGUGUCUGGAUCACAGAUUGUGGACAUCGACAAGAGGAAGUAUCUGGUCCCCUCCGACAUCACAGUGGCUCAGUUCAUGUGGAUCAUCAGGAAACGCAUCCAGCUGCCCUCAGAGAAGGCUAUCUUCCUGUUUGUGGAUAAGACGGUGCCUCAGUCCAGCAUCACCAUGGGGCAGCUGUACGAGAAGGAGAAGGACGAGGACGGCUUUUUAUACGUGGCUUACAGCGGGGAGAACACCUUUGGUUUUUAAAACAAGAAGCCGCCCGUCGUGACCGGCCUUACCUGGCGGCGCCGCAAAGCCACACUGACGCCCACCCA